ACUUGAAAAAAAAAAAAACUCCGUUUUUUCUGAGUAAUUUAUUUUUUUGUUUGGUUUUUUUUAUAAUUUUUUCUGUUUUUCUGACUAAUUCUUUUCCUGUUUUUCUGAGUAAUUUUUCUUCCUGUUUUAUGGAGUAUUUUAUUUCUGUUUUUCGGAGUAAUUUAUUCCUCCUUGUUUUUCGGAGUAAUUUUUUCCUCCUUGUUUUUCGGAGUAAUUUUUUUUCUGAAUUAUCGAGAUACUUCGAACUCCCGCGAGAACCUCCAACCUGCAAGUGACUCCUGCCCGCGCAUACAUGCCCCAUCUUCGACUGUCUACCGUACCGGGUCAUUUAAGUGCCAGCAAUGGCUACAUCCUCAACCCCUGCCCUCCCACAAAGUGAUGGUCUGUGGAUAUUUCUUCGCAACAGAGGUGUUUCUGAGGAGAGUAUUCAGAAAAUGCAGCAGGAUCAUAUUGACAGCUCGAUAAUUGGAGAAAUAGAUGAUGCCACUAUGGCCUCCUACAUUCCAGCCUAUGGUGACAGGAUUGCCACAAGGCGUUUCUGUAUGGAAAAACAGAGAAGAGGUGGAGAUGAUACAAAAAGACUGUCCUUAUUCCAAAAACUUAAAAAAAAAAUGGGCACAAUGAGCAACAAAGACAGCGAUCAAAGUUUUGUGGAGGAGAAUACAGUGCAACCAACAAAUAUGCGUCUAAAAAGUAAUAAGAGAGCCUGGAAGACAACCAGAAAAAUAGAAUUAGCGUGGAUACAUGACAACAGACAAGUCAGAAAACGCAGUGGUGGAGGAACCAGAGUUCUUGAUAUUAACAAGAAUGCCACUAAAACUGAGAUUCUGGCACAAACUAAAAAACUGUUUUUCCCUAACGAAAAAUCAAUAAUGGGAAAGUGGGAAGAGUUCAGUCACGAUGUAGUUGACUUUCAGGAAGCACAAGUUGAUGAGGAUGUUAGUGUGGGAGACUACUACGAGACACACAAAUUGGGGUUAUUAAGAUUUUAUUUGUUCACAAAGACCCUGACCAGUGGAGAUGACCCAGAGGAAGGAGCUGAUAUACAGACAGAUGUGCAACAUGAAAACACAACAGAAUCUGGACAAGAGAAACACACAAUGGAAGAGAUCGAGCAGCUGACACAGAAAAGACAUAACAGUGAAAAUCAAAUACACACAGUCGAAGAUGAUGAGCUAAGCACUGCCACAAUGUCAGCUGUUGUCUCUACUGCAGCUGUUCAGAUUAUUGAUCUUACAUCUUUGUGUAAUACAUCAGAGGUCAUUUUUGGUCCUUUGACAGGUGGGACGUUUUUAGGUGAGCUUGAUGAUACACUCAUACAUGAGCCAAUCCUUGCAAUAGAAGACGAACAAAUAAACACCCCCACCUACACCUCAACUCCUAUUGAUGCUGAGACAGCUUCUGCUAGACCACCAAGUCCUGCCACUGAACUUUUGCAUGUGACUGUGAAACUUCACAGAGUGACUCUCUUAGAUGAACUGAUUGCCCAAUUCAAGGAAGAAGCCAUGAUGACCUACUCUGUGAAAUACAGCUUCAUUGAUGAAAUGGGGGCAGAUGCUGAUGGUGUGUCCAGGGAUGUAUACGCUGCCUUCUGGACAGAAUUCCUAGACUGUGCAGCAGAAGGUGCAGAUGUGAGGGUGCCAUCACUCUCCUCAAAAUGGCAAGAGGAGGAAUGGAAGUCUGUUGGCAGGAUAUUGGCCAAGGGACUGAAGGACCAUGGGUAUUUUCCAUUUCGGCUGGCACAAGCCUUUACAGCAGCAGUCAUAUUUGGUGAACACUCUGUUUCACCUGAUUUACUGUUUGACUCCCUGAUGUUGUAUCUUAGUCAGUCUGAGCGUGAUCUCUUGUCCACUGCUUUGCAAGAGGCUGUUGUCGGCGAUGAUGAGGAAGAGCUUCUUGAUCUUAUGGAUCGCAUGGGAGUAAGAACAGUACCAACGCAAGAUAACUUGAGAGCCGUGCUUGUCCAGGUAGCCCACAAGCAAAUGAUCCAGCACCCAAAAUAUGCACUUGACAAUAUUGCAGAGGUUGCAGGACCAAUACUCAGGAAGUUUUUCCCCAGUGUCCAGGAUAUGAAGAAGCUGUAUGAGGACAUUAAACCAACAACACGAAAGGUGAUUAAGAUGAUAACAGCUUCUCCAGCUACUUCAGCAGAGAACCAAAGUUUGCGAUUUUUACAUCAGUACAUAAGGGGAUUGGAUGAAAUAGGUCUCCGGAAGCUGAUGAGAUUUCUGACUGGGUCUGAUGUCCUCUGUGUAAAAGAAAUUCAAGUCACAUUCACCUCUUUGGAAGGGCUAGCGCGGCGGCCAGUUGCCCAUACUUGUGGCCCAACUGUGGAGCUGCCAUCAACUUACAACAGCUAUCCUGAGCUUCGAGCUGAAAUGGAGGCUAUACUUUCCAGCAACACUUAUGCAAUGGACAUUGCAUAAGUGCCAGCGAUGUAGGUUUAGACUGUGUGAAUGUGGGAUAGAGCAUGUAAGGAGAAAAUGUGAUUAGCUCAGGUGCUGUGUGAUUAGUGCAAAAUGAUUUUUAUUACAUUUCAAGAUUUUAUUUUUAUUAUAUCAAGAAACAAAAACUUACACAGACUUACUUCGACAUUUUUGGUUAUCAGAGCAUGUAAAGAGAAUAUGUGACUAGCUCAGGGGCUGUGUGAUAAACACAGAUUGAUUUUUUUAAUUUUGGAUAUUUUCUUUCUAUCAUAUCAAGAAACAGUUAACAAUUUACUUUGAUUUAAGACACUUUUGUUAUCAGUCUAGGAUGAGAAUGUUUGGACAUUAGAAAUACUUUUGUUAUAUUUUCACUGUUAAGUCAUAAUAUCAUUUGAACCUCUACCUCAUGUCAGAUGUUAAUACUGACAGUGUUUGUGAAUCUGAUUGUUACAUUAAAAGGUACUUUGAGGUGUUUUUUUUACAAAUAGAAUCACAGGUUGCUGUCUUAUUUUGUACAACGUCUUCAAACAGACUGUCUUUACUGUUGAGUCAUGUAGUUCAGGAGUCCUGCUCUGUGAGACAUGAUAUGUUUCCACCCACAAUCUUAAAAUUGAAGAUGUUCCUUUUGUUAUGGGGUGCUUGUAUUGUGAAAUGUUAAAGUUAUCAAAUGUGUGUAAACUCAAGGAAAGAUGCAUGCCCUAAUAAAAGAUAAUCAUAUGCUUCA